GGGCAUACAGAAAGUGAGGAAAUACCCAUAGCAUUUGAAUUUCAUUAGAUUACUCAUAACUGACAUCGUCCAAAGUCUGCGGCGGCCAUCGCAAAGAAGGAGCUGCUAUCUGUAUCUGAUUGCCACAGCGUGAACGGAACAUACUUUCAAUUUCCGUCAGAUACGAGAAGCAUUUGCGGGCAAACGCAAUUAGAAAUACCACGUGAACUGACGUACCGCCGACCCCCUAGGUCGUCGCUGCUAAAACACAGAUUGAAUCGCGGCGCGGAAUAAACCAAAGCCCAGCCACUCUCACCUGAUAACAAAUUGGUCAAAUAAUCAACAGCGGAACCGCGUAACCAGCAGUAGCAGGGCGUAAUAGUUUCCAGCCAGUCACGCCGCAGAUGCACGGGUUAAUGGAUUUUCAGUUUACGCCUCUCCACUGAAUAACACAACGCCAAAGCCACAGCCACAGACCCGAGCGAUAAGGAGAAACAGAAUCUCAAGCCAAACGGUUUCCCCAGUAGAUUGCCAGCUAUGUCUGCGAACGGUGGCAGCGCUGAGACGACGGGCGCCAGCAAGCCCAUCGACAUCCAGGUACGGGUGCCCACGCACGAGCGCCUCAUGUCCAUCGACAAGGGCAUGGCGCCGUCCUCGCCAACGCUGCCAAGCCCCACGAUACGGCGGAAUAAAAGCGACGGCAAACUAAUGGCCCAGGACAUCAAGGAGGCACGUGUGCGUGUCAUCUACACGGGCGGCACCAUUGGCAUGAUGCGAAACGAACGAAAUGUGCUGGCGCCCAUACCCAAUGCCCUGGUGCGCAGCAUUCGCAAGUAUCCGAACAUCCACGACGAGGAGUACGCGCUGCGACGCUUUGGCGCCUCAGCAUCGAUGGCGCCGCUUGUCCUGCCCUUUGUCCAGGGUGUGGACAGAAGGGUCCUGUACCAGGUGACCGAAUAUACGCCGCUGCUGGACAGCAGCAACAUGACGAUGAAUGACUGGGCGCGCAUUGCCAACGAUAUACAGCAAUCGUACGAGUUCUUUGACGGCUUCGUGGUGCUGCAUGGCACCGACACGCUCUCAUACACCGCCUCAGCGCUGUCCUUUAUGCUGGAGAAUCUGGGCAAGACGGUGAUCAUCACGGGCUCACAGAUCCCGAUCUUUGAGACGCGCACCGACGGCAAGGACAACUUCACAUCCGCACUGAUCAUCGCCGGCAACUAUAUCAUACCGGAGGUGUGCAUCUUCUUUGGCCACAAACUGAUGCGCGGCAAUCGCACGGUGAAGGUCAGCUCCAAUUCGCUGGACGCUUUCGAUUCCCCCAAUGUGCCGCCGCUGGCAAGGAUUGGCAUCGAUGUGAAUGUGGACUAUCGCCUGAUCUUUCGGCCCUGCAGCAUCGAACGCUUCUGCGUGCACCUGAAUCUCGACGAGAAUGUGGGCCUGCUGCGAAUCUUUCCGAGCAUUUCGCUCUCCACAUUCCGCGCCUUCCUGGCGCCCCCCAUCCGUGGUGUGGUGCUGCAAUCGUUCGGCUCUGGCAACAUACCCUCGAAUCGCCGCGACCUCAUCGAUGAGCUGCAGGCGGCCGCCGAUCGUGGCGUAAUCAUCAUCAACUGCACCCAGUGUCCCAACGGUUCGGUGGCGGAGAUCUACGACACCGGCAAGGUGCUGUGCGAUCUGGGCGUCAUUCCUGGCUAUGACAUGACCCCCGAAGCGGCCCUAUCCAAGCUGGCCUAUGUCAUUGGCAAGGAGGAGUGGUCGCUGGAUGUCAAGAAGCAGAUGAUGCAGUCGAAUCUUCGCGGCGAACUGACCUCGGUGACGGCACCCAAGAUGGAGGACUACGAUUUGGUGGAUGCUGUGGCGCGCUCUCUGCACUUGUCCUCGCCCCAGGAGCUGGACCAGCUGGGCGCCACCCUCUUCCCGGCCAUGAUCAAUGCCGCCGUCGCCGAGGGAGACCUGAAGAAGAUCAACAACCUGAAGGCAUACGGCGCCGAUCUGUCCGGCACCAAUCACGACCAACGGACGGCCCUGCACUUGGCCUGUCAGCUGGGCAACGUCGAGAUCGUCAAGUAUCUGCUGCACAACGGUGUCUCGGUCCACAUACGCGAUCGCUACGAUCGCACGCCACUGCUGGAGGCCGUCUCCACGGACAGCCACGAGAUCAUCCAACUGCUCAUCAAUUGUGGCGCCCACCUGACCGGCUCCUCACGGGCCGUCGGCGAGCAGCUGUGCGCGGCCGCUGCCCGCGGCUCCCUGAUGCGCCUCAAGUCGUAUCAGUAUGCGGGCGCCGAUCUCUCGCAGCCGGAUCCAUCGGGACGCACGGCGCUGCAUGUGGCCGCCCUGCACGGUUUCCCCGAGGUGGUGGAGUACGUCCUGCCCUACUUCGAGAGUGCCAGCGAGAAGGACUUGCUCGGUCUGAGCGCCUUGGACUAUGCGGAGCGUGGCGGCCAUACAGCCCUUGUGGACAUGCUGAAAGCGGCUCUAUGUGCAGCAUAGCUAUGUGCAGCAUAGAAAUUCUCCAUUGUUUCUUUACUCAAGCCACCGUUACUUAAGUGCUUGCCUCGUGCAGCAUCUGUGCAAUAUUGUGUCUAGUCUGGUUUGG